AUGACUUCCACCGCGUCCCAACCAACACAAACACAAACGGAUUCGACGCAAUCCAAAGACGCUAAAAAUGCUACAACCUCAACUAAAUUCGACGUCCCUGUUCCAGUAGAGCAGAUCCUUGACGAUAACGAAACUGUUGUAGGGACUGACGAGUCUCCAGAAACCGAAAACAAAUUCAGGUCAUCCGUCGAGAAACUUCGAGACGCUAUCGAAGGCUACAAUACAGCGAUUGCACAGAACGCAGAUGAGAAAACGAUUGAAAUGCAUGAACAAAAAGUUAUCCAGGCGUUAAAGGAAACGGCAGAAAGCUCUCCGAAUCCAAAGGUCAAGGAGUACUACAAGGAAAAAGCCUUGGAGUUCAUGAAGGUCGGACGCACAGCGAAGAAAGUUUUGACAAACGAUAUAAUUAAAGGCGCGCUUUUCAUCCUCGCGUCGCCUGUCGCCCUGCUAUCUUCCGUGGUGGUAAAAUUCCAUUUCCUUUUGACAAUAACUCCCAGUCAUUGCGCUAAUGUAUCUUGGAAGGUAUCCACUGGUGGUCUCGUCUAUGGUUUGGGCUCAGUUGUGAAAGGGGUUGGUGAUCUGAUGAGUGGCAUGACCUUCUCGGGUACCGUCUUGGGCUCAAAAGACGAACCCAAGGCCGAGAAGAAAGAUGCGGGUGUCCAAAACGAGGAGCAAGAGGAGGAUAAAGAAGAAGAAGACAAACAAGAGGAUACAGCAGUGGGUGAAGAAAAGGAAGAUGAAGCAGAAGGUGAAAACACCACAGAGGAUACAACGACAGACAAAGCUGAUCGGGCUGAAUAG